UUUCAGAGAUUACAACUCUCCACGAAGAGCUCGAGCUAGAGAAAAGUAACGAGAGAAGAAGAUGAGCAAGACCUCUGAUAGUACAAUUCCGCUGCUCACCCCGUACAAUAUGGGGAAAUUUGAUCUUUCACACAGGGUAGUUCAUGCACCAUUGACAAGGCAGAAAUCCUUCGGUGGUAUUGCCCAGCCGCACGCCAUAAUGUAUUAUGAACAGAGAACAACCAAAGGAGGCCUUUUGAUUGCUGAAGCUACUGCAGUUUCAGAUACAGCUCCAGGGUACAACAAUGUUCCUGGUAUUUGGACAAAGGAACAGGUGGAAGCAUGGAAACCAAUUGUAGAUGCAGUUCAUGCGAAAGGAGGCAUAUUUUUCUGCCAGAUUUGGCAUGCAGGAAGAGUCUCUAGUUGCAGUUUUCAACCUAAUGGGCAAGCACCAAUAUCAAGCACCGAUAAGAUACUAAAACCUCAAGUGAGAUCUAAUGGCAUAGAUAUUGCAACUUUCUCAACUCCCAGGCGAUUAGAGACUCAUGAGAUCCCUUCAGUUAUCAAUGAUUUCAAGGUUGCAGCUAGAAAUGCAGUUGAAGCUGGAUUUGAUGGUGUUGAAAUCCAUGGAGCUCAUGCUUAUUUGAUUGACCAGUUUCUGAAAGACCAAGUCAAUGAUCGCACCGACAAGUAUGGUGGAAGACUAGAGAACCAUUGCCGAUUUGCACUAGAAGUAGUCCAAUCUGUAGCUAAUGAAAUUGGAGCUGAUAAGGUUGGGGUAAGGCUCUCACCCUUUGCAAACUACAAUGAGGCAUCAGACUCAAAUCCAGAAGCUCUAGGUCUGCACAUGGCAAAGGCAUUGAAUAAAUUUGGAAUUCUCUAUCUUCACGUGGUUGAGCCCCGGAUGAUCACAGUUGGUGAGAAAACUGAAACUCCACAUAGUCUUCGCCCCAUGAGGGAUGCUUUUGAGGGAACAUUCAUCGCAGCUGGCGGUUAUGAUAGGGAGGAUGGGAAUGAAGCAAUCUACACUGGCUAUGCUGAUUUAAUUGCAUAUGGGCGUUGGUUUUUGUCCAACCCUGACCUUCCUCAAAGAUUUGGAUUAGAUGCUCCUCUCAACAAGUACAACAGAAGUACUUUCUACACCCAUGAUCCAGUUAUCGGAUACACUGACUACCCAUUUCUUCAGUAAGCAGGGGAUAAACAAGCCAAGUGAGGAGGGAAUUUCACUCUUCAUAGUAUCUAGUUGUAUUAGCAACUUGAGAGUAAUAAGUUCAUUUGCUUCAAUGACUUCUGUGAGGAUCAAUAUGGACUUUAUAUUUCAUAAAGACUGU